AGUGAAAUGACCCCUCACAGCCGUCUACGAGCUACCAUACCCACGUCAGGGACUGAAGAUGGCGGAGGCGGCGGCGACGCUACAACACCGGUUUUUCUGUCACUGCUGCAAAUGUGAAACAGACCCCAAACUCCCGGAUUUCAUAUGCCCCAGGUGUGAGUCUGGCUUCAUUGAGGAGGUGACAGCAGACUCCAGUCUGUUGGAGGACAACACAACAGCGGCAAGAGGGGAUUCAAAUACACUCGUUUCAGACUUAUGGCAGCUGCUGUUCAUGGAGCGUUCUGCGCUCCUGUCGCACCCUCCUGCCUCAGCCUCCGACUCCAUCCCGGAUGAUGGCCAUCAUGCUGCAGCCGCCAGCGACCGGGCGUCAGGUGGGAGCACAACUCCUCUGGAGCCGUCUGCAGCAGUGGCGGAGGCCGGAGAGUCGGAAGCCUCCGCCCGCCGACAUGGCCAAGAGAGGAGGCCGUCUCGACCCGAGCCGAUGCCUGCAGUGGAGGGGAUUGUGCAGCAGUUCUUGGCAGGCCUGUUUUCCAACAAUGGAGGCCUGGGCUCUGCACCAGCGUCACUAUCUAGCAUGCUACAGUUGCACUCCAACCCAGGGGACUAUGCGUGGGGUCAGGGAGGUCUCGAUGCUGUUAUCACAGAGUUGUUAGGCCAGUUGGAGAGCACAGGUCCGCCGCCUGCAGAGAAGGAGAUGAUCUCAUCCCUGCCAACAGUCAGCGUCUCUCAAGAACAGGCAGAUCACAGACUGGAGUGUCCAGUGUGUCGGGAGGAGUAUUCAUUAGGGGAAUCUGUCAGACAGCUACCCUGCCUCCAUUAUUUCCACAGUGACUGUAUAGUGCCUUGGCUAGAGCUGCAUGAUACCUGUCCAGUGUGCCGUAAAAGCCUUGACGGUGUGGACAACAGUCUUUGCCCCACGUCAGAGCCCCAAGAGCCCCUUUCCAUCAGGACAGAGCAACAGGAGAGGCAGGCUAUCUGAGAGACAAGACAACAAAUUUCUACCUCCUUUGCAGUUUUAAACGGACAUGCCCGCUACCUGAGAUAUACUCUCCACACCGAAUGCUCGAGUAAUGAAACCAUAGAUUAAAUGAAGUACUGUUGUAACUUGCUACGCUAGCUGUCAGACCCAUCUGGUUAACUUAUUUCUGCCGAAGGACACGGCUUUUACCAUGGCAAUGGCACAACAUCCCCACUGGUUUUGGGUUAUACUGCACGCAAAUUGGACCCUAAACGUUUGCCGACAAGAUGUUGUCAAAGUGAUGUGCCCCUUGUCAUCACAGUGGCCACUCUCUAUUAGAUGGGUUUCUUAAUGACUUGCCCAGAUGGCAUGGACUAAUCACCACUGAGCCACCUGUGACUGUUGAAAGUUAUGGGGAUUCACAGAGUUAUGAACUAUUUCUUGUAAGUUGAGGCUCUUAGUAAGAAACUGUUUCAUCAGUCAAUGCUUAAGGCCUCUCUGGCUUUCCCUCCUCUAUCACCACAUCUGGCUCCGUGUUGCUUUCCUCUCUUCUUUAAACCUUCAUUAAAGAUUAACCCUGUGA